AUGGCGACUUCUCUCGAGAUUCUUCGUCCCUCACCAUCACCCGUUAAGGAGUUGAACCCCGUGGGCACUCUAGCAAGAGAUCUCGAGGACAGAUCCAGCACUCUUAUCAAGCUGAUUGCAUUGCAAGACUGGGAACACCCGGACAUUGAACGAUAUCUCGAUCCGGCUUCGCUGGCAAAUCAAUCUCGAAAGAGCUCCUCUCGGGCGCGGAAGGCCUGCUGCGAUCGAUCCACCAUUGCUGGUAUAGGGCCAGAGCUCAAGAUUUUGAGCGUUAGCACCGAAGUUGAGGAGGACGAGGGCCAGGCUAGUGUCUGGAUGCUGCUUUCCCUUCCCCGCGACGUCCAUGGUCUGGUCAGAGAAAUCAUCACGAUCAUGCAAUGGAGGAUCGACGCGGGUCGGUGGAAGUGCUACGAACAGACCGCUCCACAAGCAGGAUCAGGGUUUGGGAUUUGA